AUGCGCUCGACUCGCUCUGGCUCACUGGACACCCAUCCCCUGCAGGCCACACAGCGGGCGGUCUUUGAGGUAGAGUGUUUUGACUGCAUCCCGCACGUUGCAGUCCACUCCGCCCACGGCAUGAGUAUUGCGCUCGUGCUGGUAUUCGAAACUUGGUCCCAUUCCAACUUUGACGGACUCCAGCAAAUCCAGAAUCUCGAUCAUCUCGCCGACCGUCUGCAUCGAUGGCUAGAGAAUAUGCCGCAACUACAAUCGCCGACGCCGGCUACUCUUCGGUCGUGGAUGCAAAUGUGUGCCAGGAAAUACGAGCCGCUGAGCCAGUGGUUCCGAGAUACCGCAGAUCAUGGUGACCCAUCCACAUCCUUGCUCGAGGCAGCCGGUCCCCUGCCGGGCUCUAUCAGCACCACAUUCCGCCACCACUCGCCGCAACGGCCCCAUCAGCAUCCUCAGGUCUCGCCUUGCCAGCGGUUUAGCUUGUCGCUAUGUCAACCCGGAGCUCAGCUUUCGUCAGGAUACAAGCCCAAGGCCUUGGCUCACUCAUCCUCCAACAUCAGCGAUAGCCUCUCCGGCUACCCAGCCCUCAAAAUCAGCCCCUAUCUCCACACCCAUCCGACCCUGGUGACAGAGUAUCAUCAGCCCACGCCGGUCAUUUACACCCCGAUUUCCCCGCCUUCGGGACAAGCAGUGUCAAGCCCGACUCAGGCCCAAAACGCUACUCCAAACCCGCUCAGAGAGACCCCUGAAGACCUGCUGAGCAGCUUCAGCCCCAGCCCGGAAGCGUCUGCCGCAUAUUUGACCCCGACAGUAGCCUUUGCAAACUUUAAAGGUGCCUUUAGUCUGCCCUCCACACCCAAGCUCUCGGUAACUCCUCAGGCGAUGGAUACGGGCACCCCAACGCUGUACCCAUCGCCCACACUCGAUGUCACUGAUCCUUCAGUCCAUCUUGUCUCCGGAUCGACCCCGUUCAUCGUCGAGGAUGCACUUUCAGGCCAAGCUCUGCCUCUCAUGGCGCCGCUGACCAUAAACCGAGUGCCUGGACCAGAUGCAGACUACCCUAGUUCGCAGCCGGACCAGCAGAUACUAGGAUCCAGCGGUCGGUGUGGAUCCGUGGCCGUUCAACCCGACGAAACCAUCUCGGCAGACUCAGAGUACUCCGGCCGUCCUGCAUGGGUCCAGUUCUCGGCACACCAGCUUCAGCACCACCGCCAUCGACAACUUCAUAUGCACCAUCCGGGCUCCGAACAAGUCACUUCCCACUGCGUACCGAGCCCCCUAAUCCAUGAGGUCGUCAUCCACCCCGCCUCGGGGCGUAUGCAGGAAGUGAUCGAGACAGCCUCAUGGAGCGACGGUCGGGUUGGCAUCGCAUCGCAUGUGCAAACCAGGAGCGUCCAUAUUUCCACCGAGGGUCCGCUUCUUCCCCAGCAAUCUCUGCUGCCGACCCCACUUGCCUACGUGCCCACCUGUGCCCGUGGCCCACUGGUAGUUCCCUCGCACGACCUUGACGAGAUGUUCCAGACCGUUAUCCAGUACCAUCGCCAACUGGAACUGAGCGUGAGAGCCGGCACCAGUGCAGGCGCCAGUGGUUUCCUGCUCUCUGGCGUCCCAGACAACAACAGCAGCAACAACAACAACUACGUCGGAGAACUUCUCUUGGAGCUGGAGCUGGCAUUUUCUUCUCAAUAG